GAUUCAAAGACUGAUGUUAACAAACUGUGUUAGCUAAUGUAGAGCUAUGAUAGACGAUGUUAUUACUGAAAAUAGUGGUGCUGACAAGAGCAGAAAGAACAGAUACAAAUCAGAAAAGGGGGAGGGGGGAGACACAGGUGAGGAGGUAGUAAAGUACAGUGGGCGUGGAGUGGGAACUUUAGGUGGGAGGGAGAGAAAGAGGAGAUAAGAAGGGAGCAGGAGGAGGAAUUUUAGAGGAACUGAAAGCAGAGGAGAGCAGUUGAGGGGAAAGGGAGGAGCACCAAGCAGACAGCAAGGUUACACAUGAGACUCUGAGGAGGAAUUACAACAAAGCACAGAGAGAGAGCAGUGAAGGGUAAGAACAGGUAAAGUUGGCUCGGAGUAGCUUUCAGUCUUUCACCUCCUGACUGAUUGCCAGGUUUUGUUUUCUCAGCGUGGUGAGAGAAAGCAAACAGAAAGCAAGAGAAGCAGCAAACAGAAAGGGGCAGCUGAAGGCACGAGAUUAGAAAGCAGAAGUAACGAGGAGGGAGAGACAGCGGUUGAACAGUCACACAUAAAGUGACGAAGAGAAAGAGAAGUGCAGCGAGGUGGCAGAGUAAGAAAACAAGAGGAUACUCAUUGACAGGGAGGACGGACUUAAAUCCACGGACUACUGACAUCAGCAAAACAAAGGAAGAGGAGCAUCAGAAAAGAGGUCACUGCAGUCCAGCAGCAGUGUAGCUCGCCUGAGGGCGUCUGCUAUGCAACCAAGACGGCAGAGAUAGACAGAUUCAAGCUCAGACACAGUUCAAAAAGACAGUCCUCACUGUAACAGCACCAUGUUGAUGAAAGAGUACCGCAUAUGUAUGCCACUGACUGUGGAUGAGUACAAGAUCGGGCAGCUGUAUAUGAUCAGUAAGCACAGCUGUGAGCAGAGCGGUGGGGGGGAAGGCGUGGAAGUGGUGAAAAAUGAGGCAAACGUUCACCCUCAGCACGGCCAGGGACAGCUGACCGAGAAGCGGAUCUACCUCAGCAGUAAACUGCCGUCCUGGGCAAAAGCAUUUGUCCCGCGAUUCUUCUAUGUGACAGAAAAAGCCUGGAACUUCUACCCCUUCACCAUCACAGAGUACUCAGUAUCGUUCCUCCCCAAGUUCAGCAUCCGCAUUGAGACGAGAUUCGAGAACAACAACGGCGAUAACGACAACGUGUUUGAGGACACGCCGACCCCAGCGGAGAGUGUGAGUUUCCUGGAUAUCCUGAGUGACCCUAUCCCUGAAAAGCACUACAAAGAGGUGGAGGACCUGAGUCGCUGGCAGUCAAAUAAAACUGGCAGAGGGCCUCUGGAGGAGAGCUGGAGAGACAACCACAAGCCCAUCAUGUGCUCCUAUAAGAGGGUGCAGUGCAGCUUUGAGGUCUAUGGCUUUCAGACCAGGACUGAGGAAUUCAUACACAGAAAUAUCAGGGACAUUCUUCUGGUCGGCCACAGGCAGGCGGUAGCAUGGAUAGAUGAAUGGCACGGACUGAGUUUGGAGGAGGUGAGAGAAUACGAGCAAACGAUGCAGGAGAAGACCAACAGCAAAGUCAAAUCCAGCCAGAACAACACAGGGCCACCAGCAGCCUCUCGUCCUACGUUGUCUCGCUCCAUCUCGGUGACAGAUGAGCGUUCCCUGAAGAAGAUGGGAGUGACGACUGUGGCCAUGUCUGACCCUUCAGAAUCCUCAGUGCCACAUGGUCCCAUUCGCCUGCAUUCCACCCCUGAGUGAUGCUGCACACAUGGCCACGCACACAGCUUCUCAAACACCCACACACACAGAGCAUACUGUACAAUGCAAACACAAAGAAACACAAAGUCAGCAUUUACCAAAAUCAUAUUACUUCUCAAAUACAAACACACCCACAGAGUGGCAUGAUCCUUAAAGGACUAGUUCAACAUUUUGGGGAAAGUGCUUAGAUGAGCAGAUCAUUGCCACUAAAUAUAAACAUAAAGCUAGUAACUGGUUAGCUUAGCUUAACAGGGUAAAGACAGUGUCGCACAGCCAUUGCAUUGGCAUCUCCACAACACUGUGUCAGCAUUAGAGGAGGGUCUGGCUCCAUUAUCAUACUGCUAUAGGGGGGAAAAAACACUCCGGCUUGUUUUUAUGUCUUGACACCAAUUACUAGUCCCAAUUACUGGGGGGGGUUAAUUCCCUGUAAAGAAAAUGAAACAAAAACAGUCAAAGACGUGUGAUUGCCAAUUGUUGUCAAAACUCGCAAUCUUCAGCGAGUAGGUCCGCAGCUUAAUCUCUUUAUCCAAGUACAUUUUGUAAACAGUAACAGGCAGAGAGAGGAAAGGGAGCAGAAUGCUGCGUGAGACAGGAACCGACAGUCUACAGUCGGUAAAUCAGUCUCAUGCAAACAUGACAGUAUUUACCUGCCAGCACCUUUAAAACUCACAAAUUAAUACAAAACAAUGAAAUGCUGUAGGGGGGUGGUGUACUGCACAGUUUAUUAUAUCACUGUAAAACAACCCAUUGUUUUUAUAACCAGAUCAUGAAAUAUAACAUGUAAAUAAAAAAAAUUUGAUGUGGUGGUUGGUGGAUGUCAAAAACAUUUGGACAAAACCAGGUUUGCAGUUUCCUUAUUUCCCUUGGAAUUGAUAUUCUCAUCUAAUUUACAACAGAGAUUGAAUCAGUGCUUUUCCCAAAAUGUCCUUUUACACUUCAGAUAAAUAUGUAUCCGCUCUUACGCACAUCUUGCAGUUCUCAUCACUUUAUGUAAAAACCACACGUCACAUGAGCUCACAAGAACACUCAAGCACUUUGUGCCGACUCAAAGAUAAUUCCCACUGUUGCCUUUAACAUUUGUCUUCAGCGGCAUGUAAACGUGAUGCAUUUCAUUUCAGCCGUAGUGGAGCUCACCAGCAGGGCUCUCCAAUUGUUUCCCAGCACCCAGCCAAUGGCCUACAGACAGAUGCAUAAGGAGUUUAAUAGAGUGGAUCUAAUGUGAGCAGAGGAGAAGGGGGAGGCUGUCAAUGCUAUGGAUCUGCUCCCCUCUCCACCUCAGCCAAUAGGUCAGACCAGGUGUAUUGACAGAGGGCAGUGAGGCGUUGUAUUGGUUCCUUGAUCGCUUAGCCGAGAGCUGCAAAUGGGUCAAGCUGGGACUAAACUUCAAUUAUGAGUCAAUGAUGUGAGGAUUCACAAGACGCUUGUUUUUUGUAUAUUUAGAAGUUGUCAGGGAUCAACAACUGCAACAAUGAAAGCAAUCAUAUUCUGUUGCCUUAUAUGUAAAAUAUUCAGUUUGAAUGAUGAAAAAAAAUUUGAAAUUUUAUAUGGAAAUUACACUGUAUAGUCUUUUAUAAAGGAUUUCUAUCAAUAAAUACUUUUGCU